AUGGAUUUAUUGGUCUCUCUAGCAUAUGUUGCGGCAGCGGAGGGCGCUCUUGAGGAGCCCUUCCCGUGUGGAAUGGGCCUACAUGUCCCAGUUCCCCAAGGUAGCACUGUCAUAGUCGAUGACAACGGGUUGUGCAACUUUGAUGCUCUACCUGAUCAGGAGAUGUGUAAGAUGAUAAUAACGCUUCUGGAGAGGCUUCCUCCGAUCGCUGCGAUGAAGCAGUUUUUAUUAAAGAACCCAACAGCGAGAUCGCAGGAUAUGGAUUCUUAG